UGCUGGGGGUGGUAGUCUCAGGGUGACGCAGGACUCGGGCCGCGGGCGUGCCCAACGUGCGCGCUCCGGAGGCCGGCAGGUGGGCGGAAGCACGCGCCCGCGGGGGAGAGAGAGACGGCCGGGCAGUGAGAGAGACAGCCGGACCGAGGGAUAGGAGAGUGCGUGCAGUCAGGAGGCGACAGCCGGGCAGCGCAGGGGGCGGCAUUGUCACACCGAGCCAGCGUGCAGAUUAGACGGCAUUACAGAUCAGAAGAACAAAGAGUGCCGGGGAGAGGAGAUGACCUAGAGAGACGGCCGGGGAAGGGAGAGCCGUGUGACAGCUAUGUGAGGGCAUUGAUAGGAAGCAGUGACAGCCGGGGAAUAGCACACCCAGCAGCUAGUGAGACAGCCCAGUGACUGCUGCCAUCUCCAUAGACAGGUGCUGGGGAGAGCAGGACAUGGCUAGGAAGUGACAGCUCACUACAGGCAUCCAAUUACCAGGCCACCAAGAGAGACAUCCGUGGCCAGGAGGCAUCAUGUCAGGAACCCGUGGUACGAACAAGCUGUCCAGCACAGAGCGAGCUGUCAGAGCUGUCCCUUUCCCUCCUACCCGGCGCCUGUCAAUGAAUGAGGUGUUUGUGGAGGGCCGCCCUCAGCUGGAAACACUGAAGAAUCACCUGACCAAGGAGGGCCGAUUGGAGGAAGAGGUCGCGUUGCGCAUUAUCCGAGAAGGAGCUGCCGUUUUGCGAAAUGAGAAAACUAUGUUGGAGGUGGAAGCUCCCAUCACAGUGUGUGGGGACAUCCACGGACAGUUCUUUGACCUCAUGAAGCUGUUUGAGGUUGGAGGUUCUCCUCACACCACACGAUACCUCUUUUUGGGGGACUACGUGGAUCGGGGAUACUUCAGUAUAGAGUGUGUCCUUUACCUUUGGAGCCUGAAAAUAAUCCACCCCAAAACCCUGUUCCUACUGAGAGGGAACCAUGAGUGCCGACACCUAACGGAGUAUUUCACCUUCAAGCAAGAAUGUAAAAUUAAGUAUUCAGAGCGAGUAUAUGACUCCUGUAUGGAUGCCUUUGACUGCCUCCCGCUAGCAGCUCUGCUUAACCAGCAGUUCCUGUGUGUGCACGGGGGUCUCUCCCCUGAAAUCACUUGCCUGGAUGACAUCAGAAAGUUAGAUAGAUUCAAGGAACCUCCGGCAUUCGGUCCUAUGUGUGAUCUGCUCUGGUCUGACCCUGCUGAGGACUACGGUAAUGAAAAGACAUUAGAACACUUCACUCACAACACAGUGCGAGGAUGCUCCUAUUUCUACAGUUACCCUGCUGUCUGCGAGUUCCUGCAGAGUAAUAACCUCCUGUCUGUGAUCCGAGCCCAUGAAGCACAGGAUGCUGGAUACCGAAUGUACCGGAAAAGUCAGACAACUGGUUUCCCCUCCCUCAUCACCAUUUUUUCUGCACCAAAUUACCUUGAUGUAUACAAUAACAAAGCCGCAGUGCUGAAGUAUGAAAAUAAUGUGAUGAACAUUCGUCAGUUUAAUUGCUCUCCUCACCCUUACUGGCUGCCAAACUUCAUGGAUGUAUUCACCUGGUCCCUGCCCUUUGUAGGGGAGAAAGUUACAGAGAUGCUGGUUAAUAUUCUCAGUAUAUGCUCGGAUGAUGAGCUGAUCACAGAUGGAGAGGACACACUGGAAAGUGGCGCUACUGUGCGCAAAGAGAUUAUUCGGAACAAGAUCCGAGCGAUCGGGAAGAUGGCCCGAGUCUUCUCCGUACUCAGGGAGGAGAGUGAGAGUGUGCUGACACUGAAGGGCCUGACACCCACAGGAACACUGCCCCAGGGUGUCCUGUCCGGUGGGAGACAAACUCUGGAGAGCGCCACAGUAGAAGCAGUUGAGGCUCAGGAAGCUGUACGAGGUUUCUCUCCGCAGCACAAGAUUCGCAGUUUUGAAGAAGCCCGAGGGUUAGACCGAAUCAAUGAGCGCAUGCCUCCGCGCCGCUCUUCUUCACCCCAAGACCCCAACCUCAACUCCACUGACAAGAACAGUACCAACAAGAGCCAACAGUGACACUGCCGCUACUCCUGCCUGUACACCACACUCCCAUCACAUCCAGCAACAAUCCGUGCUCGAGGGCAGGACUCUCAAACCAGGCUGACAUCCCAACCUUACAACACAUGCUACCCCGCUGCUCUACACACACACACACACACACACACACACACACCCCUUAAACCGGUGUGUGUAUGACUGUAGAGUCCAACAAGAAAUCACAUGACUCAACAGGGGUCUGCACACAAAUCCAGACAUGGACUUACAGAAGUGGGGACCAUGGAUGUACACAUUGACAGACACACACACACACACACACACACACACACACACACACACACACACACACACACACACACACACACACACACAGUUUGUAAAACACGAGUUGUGAGCACACACUGAGCUGGUCUGUCCUGCAGUUUGUAUUCUCUUUGUAAAUGUCAUUUGCGUUCUAAAUAUAUAUAUAUUUAUACAUGUGUAAUAUAAAUACCCUGUUUUUUAAUGUAGGAUUUGUUAAGCGGCGGCAGCUGCAGUCUUGUAUAAUAUUAUCAGGGUCAGGUCCCAGCCCGCAGCUCCCCCUCCCCCUGCACUCCCACUCCUGCAGAGCCACCUGCACCACUUCCCUGCACAAUAAAUGCCAUCAAUAAUGCCCAACCCGUGGGGUCUACUUCAGUAUUCUGGUGCUAAGCAAGGCUGAGUGUGUAUCACAGAAGCAUUGAGGGCAUAUGGACUGCACUUCUGCAUGCUGUAAGGAUCUCACAAGGUUCUGUGGCCUUUCUCUGAGACGUGGAAACUGAUUUUUGUCCCAGUUCUGUAAAUGAAUCCCAGCAGCCGAUCCUCGGCUUUCUACAGACAAUUUACACAUACAAAGGCAUCCCUGGCAUGAACACAGCACACGAUGCCGCUGCGGUGUGCACACACAUUGUACUGCACAAGUGAUAAUACUGCCACCGGCUGGUUCUGCACUGAGCGCCCUGCGACAUGCCAAUUCCUCUGAUGAACGGCACUGCAUGCACAGAAUGGACUGUGAGGGGUGGCUCUGCAGGCUCAUUACUGGUCCCUCUCAAGCACUAAUGUUAUAACGGAGAGAGAUCCCAUUGACAUUUUCUUUCUGGAGGGGUAAUGCUGCCCACACUCCUAAUCGCUUCUCCAUCUCUACGGCAGGGCAUAUCCCUUGUACUAGGGGAGUGCGUUUAGGGCUAUCUACACAGGAAACCUUUGUACAAGGGCUGGAGGUGACAAAAACUUUAUUAUGGCACUUAGAUACUGAGUUACCCAUCCUGUAAAGACCAGGGACUAGUACUGCCAUGGCAAUAAGGCACCCAGGAGCUGGAUUACCUUCAGAAAAUCUCAUCCAUAAAUCUCCUGCAAAGACACCAGGGAACCUCACCAAGAAGUGGGGUUCCCAUCUUCUGUGGUGCCUCUCCUGUGAGAAGUAGCACAAGGAACGACCCUUCCUCUGCAUCCAUGUUGAAGAGUUCUUUUGAUGGCAGCAUCGGGGGAGUGCGGAGAUGUGCCGCUUUCUCUCUCUCUCCCACUUCAUUCUUUUCUUCAUUAACUUUAUUAUUUGCUGAGUUGUCUUGUAUUAAAAAAAAAAAAAAAGGAGGAAAGUGUUUUUAAAAGUACAUGCUGAUUUUUUUCACAAGAAAUUGGGAGGAAAAAAAUUGUUCAGAUUAAACUUCAAAAUAGAUAA